AUGCUCCGUGUUUUAUCUCAAAACUCGAAGCCUCCCCCCAGAGCCAGCUGUGACGUUCCCAGAGCUGUGACUAGUAUCCCCACAGCACACAGAGUGUGCUGCCCCGAAUCCAUACCACAAAGCAUAGAAGUCCAGAGCUGGUGCAAGGAAAUGACAGUGGAAGCCAUCCAAUUCAGAUGCCCAUUUCUCAUAUUUCUUCUCACCUGUGGACUGGCCCCAGAAGUUGCUGCGGAGGCUGAAGAACCCUCAGAUGGUCCCAGUGCUGCCCAGGAACUGGUGUGGCUCACAGAUGUCCCGGCUGCCAUGGACUUUGUCGCUGCUGUUGAGGUGGCCAUCAUAGGCUUCUUCCAGGAUUUAGAAAUACCAAUAGUGUCCGUAUUCCAUAGCAUGGUGCAGCAAUUCCCAGAUGUGUCAUUUGGAAUCAGCAAUGAUUCUGACGUUCUGACCCACUACAACAUCACUGGGAACACUAUUGGCCUCUUUCGCCUGGUGGAUAAUGAACAGCUGAAGUUAGAAGGCGAAGAGAUUGAAAGCAUGGAUGCUACCAAAUUAAGCCGUUUCAUUACGAUCCACAGCCUCCGCUUGGUGACCGAGUACAACUCCAUGACUGUGUAUGGCCUAUUUAAUGCCAUGGUUGAGAUUCACCUUCUUCUGAUGAUGAACAAGGCUUCCCCAGAGUAUAAGGAGAGCAUGCGUCUUUACCGGGAGGCAGCCAAACUCUUCCUCAGAAAGAUUCUUUUUGUUCUGGUGGACAGCGGGGUAAAGGAAAACAGAAAUGUGAUAUCGUAUUUCAAACUAAAGAUGUCUCAGCUGCCAGCUUUGGCUAUUUACCGAACUCUGGACGACAAGUGGGAAGCGCUGCCCAUAGCGGAAGUUACAGUAGAACGGGUGCAAAACUUUUGUGAUGGAUUCCUGAAAGGGAAACUGUUGGAAGAAAAUCACAAAUCAGAAGAAAAAACUCCAAAGGAGGAACUCUGACUUCUCCUUGAUGUUUCAGCUUAUUACUGCAUAUCUGCUUUAUGUUGAAUAAAAAAGGGGAAAUUCAGGCCGGGCAUUUAGCUCAGUGGUUUCGUCGCCU